GCAGGACUUAGGCACUCUAGCUGGAUUUUCAACUAGAUAUGGAUUUCCUCAGAACGGUCUGUGCUGUAGUGGUGUUGGCUGUGCUCAGCCAGGCAGCAGUAGUGACUGAGAAUGGACUUCCUAUUCUGUGGGAGAAAGCCCCAAGCGAGCUCUCCCAGCUGCCCACAGUCGACGGGGUGAUCCAGAUAAACCCAUGGGACUACUUGCAGAGGAUGGCUUUGUUCAAGCUGCUGAUCAACUCUACGGAUCCCUACAUGAGCUCCAUGGGCCCUGGAGAGAAGGAGAGUCCUCUGUGGAGUCUUCCUCUGCAGCUGGGCUGGAAACUCAAAUCAGGCCGGUUGACUGACCCAAGCCCUGGCAGUGCUAGCACUUGUGGAUUGGAAAGUUCAGACCCGGUUUGCAUCUCUCCUCAGAGCUGGUAUGCAUGUAUGAACUACUAUAUGUCUGUGCUUCCAUUCCUGGCCGCGGUUCAGACAGGUGUGGUUGGGAAGGGUGAGGUCCAGAUACACGUUCAGGUUCCAGCGGAGGUGGCUCACGAUUACUGCUCCAGCUACACAGACUGUUCCACCAAACACCCGGAUGCCAUGUCCAAAUGGCAAACAUUUUUCCAGUCUCUGCAGCAGAUCAGUGAAUCUGAGGACACAGAUUUUUACAAGAAGGAUAAGAUUCUGGGACUGAUGUGGGCAGCAGAGGAGUCGUCUCUACUGACUGCAUCCGCUGCCUGCAGUGAAAGGCAGAAGCUGUACUCCACUCCCGAGGUUCGGUUUGGACUGAGCUGGCUCCGCUCGGCAGCAUAUGUAUCCGCUGCUCAUUUCCACGCCAGCAUUGAGAGGUCAGAGAAGCUCAUGGCUCCCUUGCCAAGCCGGGUGCUGCAGGAGUCUGAUAGCCCGCCCAACAUCGCCGAUCUUAGCGCAGAGGAGAACCACACACUCUACAUUUUCAGCUGGAUGAACAGUGUGGAUCAACUGCUCGGCGGUUCCCUGGUGAGACUCUGGCGUAGUGCUAUGUGUUCAGCUCAGGCUCGGGAGAAAGGUCAGGCCCUUCUCAAUGACCUCAUCCUCAACCCCAAGUUCCCUGCCACCAGUCUGAUGUCAAUCCUGACCGAGAUGACCACCAGCUGCUGACGUCUCCAACAGAUGUAAAACCUGAUCUGUUAAUCUGCA